AUGCCAACCAAGGCUCCAAAGACUGGAGAUGGUCCCAGCAAUUCUGCUCUACGCUUCUUUGUCGUGACUGAUCCCGGCCAGCUCAAGGACAAGAGUCAGUUGAGGAAGAAUCGGAAGCACGUCAUGCACGAUUACCUUGACAAGGAAUCGAAGAAGCCGGACAGCAAGGACUCUCGCGUUCGUCGACAUAUCUCGCAUCAACGGACAGCUGCUCUGAAUCCGAAUCGGGUGUCAGAAAGCCAGAAUUCGCGACUGACACCCCAAGAGUUGACCCACAGCAAUGGCAUCUCAAACGACGGUCUCGAGCUCGACCACGGUGGCCAAAGGAAGCGCAAAGCACUCCGGAAGUCACUGAGCGGUAUAACCGUUUCUAAGACCAAACCAGCUCAAUCAGGUCAACAAGCUGACGAUGAAGAGCCUCUCGUCCCCGGCCUUGGUGCAAGAUACGAGAACCUUUCCAUCCAGGCUGGUGUGAACGACAGUACGUUUCUGCACAGCACGACCCGACUUGGCAGCCGAAUAGAUCCCUUCGAAUCUCUGCCAUCCUUCGACGACCCAUUGCUUGGCAUAGAAGAGCUCAAGUUCAGCUGCAGUCAGCGGUUUGGUACAAGAGGCCUCUCGGUGCACUGGAUGCCUACCAUGCUCAAGGCUCGCCACGCGUUCCUCAGCAGCCUAUGCAUUUCAGCUGCGCACGACGACAUCAUGAGACGAAACCUCUUACCGCCUGACAAGCGAGCCACUGAAUCUCUGAUGAAGCGGAUACGGGUAAGAACGGCGGUUAUCGCUAUGAUUAACGAGAGCAUCAACGAUCCUGAGACGCGGACGUCGGAUGAGACUAUCAUUGCUGUGCUGCAUGUUCUAAAUUCAGAAAUCAUGGGGUGUACGGAUCUGAGCAUGCGGAUCCAUCAAGAGGGUCUGCAUGAGAUGAUCCGUGACAGAGGUGGCCUUGAGAAGCUGGGUGUGAACGGGCAGAUUGCACGAAUAUCGACCAUUACCAUGUACAUGCUUGCUGCGCUGCGCGAGACUACGCCGCAUUCCGACUACGUGAACUAUGCAGCAAGCAAGAUCACCGGAGGUCCGGAUGGGAUGGCGAGGUUCCCGGAGUCGCCAAUAUACUGUCGUGCCACGGGGUACUGUCAAAUCGACCGUUUUCUGCCGUCAGAGGGCAAUACAAUGCGACUGCUUGAUCUCUUGCGAAAGCUCACCGACCGAUUCCUUUUAGACAACGAUGGGGUAGAGGUUAACUCGGGUAGAGGAGAGGACAGAGUUUCGUCCCUCAGCGACAGGAUCUUCGACCUCCCUCCAGGCUGGGAUACAGACUUCAACGUCAUGAACGAAAGAUACACCUACGAAUCUCUCCGGCUAGUCGGUAUGCUCUACGCCCACGCUCUCUCAACCAAACAGUCUCUCUCCAAAGCAGCAGCAACACUCAGCGACCCCAAAACCAGACCCACCAAGGCUAUCCUCCCAGACAACUCCACGCCAUUCCCCAUCAUGCUAAACAAAGCCCUCAUGCGUACCGAUACGUCCAACUGCUGGGACCAUCUCGCUGGGGUCCUGUUCUUCGCAAGUUUAGUCGCUGGGGCUACCGCCAGCCCGGGCCCGCUGUUGGACGAAGAGCGGGAUGGAGAGGAUGAGGAUGUGAGGAAGUGGCUUACGGCGAUUGCGGUGCGGUGUUGUAUCGUGCUGAGCUUUGAGUAUGGGGAUGCGGUGCUUGGUACGUUGAGGAGAUUGGUGGAGAUUGAGCGGUUGUUGGCUGGUGCGGCAAGUGGAAGUGGGCAGGGGGGUAGGAUAACGACGGUGACGGAGGGUGGCGUUGGUGAUGCGAGUGCGUCAAGAGGGAUGGUUGACUUCGCGCAGGACUUCUUGAACAUCUGA